AUGAUGUCCAACAUAUAUUAUCUGGGUAGCAGCGAGACUGCUCUACUUCUGCUUCACUCAGUAUCUCUCGUUGGCUCGUUGCUCCUCUAUGGUGCCGCAGUCCCUCGGCUGGAAGGCAAGCUUCUACGAGUAGCGAAACCUAUCCGAUUGCUUGCAUUCUUAUCCAAAGUCAUUGCUCUAGCGACCUUUGCUACCGCACAUGACUGGCCCAAUGCUAUUACUUUUCUUAUGCUUGGCAUAACAAUAGCUUCUGUGCUUGUGAUAAGCGACGCAAGAUAUCUAAAUGUCUUCCAAGACAAAGUUGCCGCGUACAUCUUUCUUACCCUCGAUCUCUUCUUCGACACGCUUAUUACACCCCAGUAUUCUAUCUUCUUCGCAUCAACAAUACUCCAAUCGAUAAUUAUCAUCUCAAUCCUCACCAAUCUCACGAUAUUGGUUCUUCCACCAGAUGAUUUAGAGGAAGUGGCGUCCAAAAGUGGUUGGUCUCUAACAACUCCUGUGGGACGAUAUAUCGAAGCGACUACUGCUUUAGUGCGAGGCGCUUCUCGUGACACUGGAAUUAAUCUCCAGCCCAAAGAUGUUCAACAAUCGGACCAAGAUUACAUUAAAAGCGUUGAGAGUGAUCUUGCCGAGCUACUCAACAAGCACGAAACCGCUAACAAAUCUGAACGGGUAUUCCUACCACCAUUAUACGCUAUUAUUUUAAGCAAAAGGCUUCCUAUCAUCUUCUCAUCAGUUAUGUCUGCUAUAUUGGCAGUGUCUCAAAUUCUUCUUUUAUUGAAUAGCAUGGCUCUGUUUACCCUUUCACUCAAAGUCUCGACUGCUACCUACAUCCACUUCAUUUUGGCUACUAUAACGCUAUACAUGGGGCUUGCGUUAACGCGAGCCAAGACCAAUUUCUCUGUCAAGGAAGCAAUCCAACACACCCAACAAAUCCUUUCAUCGGCUAUUAUACAGAAGACGAUGCGUCUUCGGCAAUCUCAAGCAAACGACUCCAAUGCAUUGCAUUUGCUAAAGUAUGAUGUUGAAGCUAUAGACUCAUGUUUGCAUGCUAUCAAUAUUGCCUGUCAAAGUAUCCUUAUUUUCUGCUUUGCCAACAUCGCAGUAUUGCUUACUACAAACAUGACUAUAUCACUGACUUUAAUAGCAGUGAGUGCCAAAUUCGCGCAUUUAAAUUUUAUAAAUGCAAGCACGCCAGAUCUUGCCGAUAUAUCAAAGCGGAGUGAGACUCUCUUGACAAGUACUAAGGAGAUGCUGAAAAAUAUUAUCAACAUCAAAAUCAUGGGUCUUGAGGAUCAUUACGCCACAACGCUUCAGGCUAUGAAGCAGUCUGAAUUGCAAGCAUGGAUACCUAUGCGUCAUUGGCAGUUGAAUUUCAGCGUGGGAUCGGUUGCCUUAAUUUUGACACCAACUUGCAUUGCUUUAGGCAAUCUAGUUUGGAGGCUUAAAGUGGACGGUGUUUCGAUUGACUGUAUUGCGCCAGUAUCUUCUCUCCUCUCCUUGCUGGUGGCUUUUUCGUUCGAUGAGCUUUUUUUAAUUAGAAGCUUGCCGCGUCUAAACCAUGCCCUGCAGCGUAUCGAUGAAUUUCUCGAUAUUGCAGCGCAUAACGAGUCAGCCCACUCUCAUGAGCCGGAUACGCCUGAGCCCCCAAAGGAAGCCUCCGCUAUGACUGUGGACGAUAAAACAGACAAUCAGCUAAUACAUCGCACCGUCACCCUAGACCUAAAGCCAGGAACACUAAAUGUUUUCUGCCGGCCAAUCACCUCCGAGAAGACAACAUUUCUACAUAGUCUCUCGCGAGAAAUAAAUAUCACCACAGGAUCGAUCGAUGUUCUAGAAGAUACUGUUGGCUAUUGUGGCGAAGAUAUUAUGCUACAAGACAAGACCAUCAGAAAGAACAUCACCGGCUCUUCAGCGUGGAAUAAAUUUUGGUAUCUAUCUGUGGUUCGGGUAUGCUAUUUAUGGCCCGAGUUUAAUAGAUUCCCUCACAAGGACAAGACGGUAGUUGGGGCAAACGGACCUACAAUUAGCGUCGACCUGCGAAUUAGAAUUAUCCUAGCACGCGCAAUAUAUUCAAAAGCGCCCAUUCUUCUUUUGGAGAAUGUCUUUCCAGCUUUUGAUGAGACAGCAGCUCGGGAUCUUGUGCGCUCUCUUUCUUCUCGCCACAACGGCUUCUUACGACACCUUGGGACUAUCACUGUUCUAGCAGCACAUAGCUUUCCUAUUCCCGACUUUAUUGAUUGUGUGUAUGACGUCACACAAUUUGGAGUUAUAAAAAGAGCAACCAUUGAUUUACGACCAAGUUCAUCGCUCGGAUCCAAUGUUCCGAACUCAACAGAGCCAAAGACCCAAAGACCAAAGCUACACAAUAAUGAAUCAGUAGUCGAAGUCAAAAAAUCGAUCCCACAAUUACUAAAAUUCGUUUCGGACAAGUUUGUUGACAAACAAGCAUUGCUUACCUCUGCCGGUUUCCAAUUAGCAUAUGUCUCUCUCGAACAUUCCCUCGAGUCAACGAUAUGGAGUGAUAAUGAACUCCAAAAUCACUCUCUGUAUUACUUCGUUGCACACGUUCUCCGCUGUAGCCUUGCACUCGGGUUUUACUACAUGGAACUACGGACAUUUAAGUUGGAUCUAUGUUAUGGUUCCUCAGCAACAUUGCAAGACAAGAACUCCAGUGUUCUUGAGACUCUACUGACAGAUGAUAUGUUCGCAAUUACUAAGAAGCUACCAACCACAAUGGCCGUUUUACAUUUGGAUUGCUACCAAAUAAUCGCUGAUUUCUCCAUGUUGCUCAUGGCAACCAAAUACACGAUGUGGACAGUUACAGCAUCUAUCGUGAUGCUGCAUCUGGUCCAGAGGGUCUUUGUUCAAGUAUCAAAGACCAAUAACAGCGAUCUUACAGCUUCAUAUAUGAAGUUUAUUACGGGUGUGUCCAAUGCGAUCGACGGACUGACCUAUACCCAUAGCUUCCGCUGGCAGCCCCGCGUCUGGGCUCGACUACUGAGCGACCUACGAAAGUGCCAAGCAGAAUCUACGUUGAAAGCUGGUCUAUUUAUAUGGUUGACUACGUCAGUUGACUUCAUCAUUGCAUGGAUUAUGUGUUGUCUAGCGAUAUUGUUCGUUUCCAACCCAGGAGAUGCAACGCCUCCAGCACUUGGCUUUUGUAUUCUUAUUGCUUGCAGGCUAUGUGCUCUCCUGCCACGAACAAUCAUGUCUUUGUGUGAGCUGGACGAGUUACAGGAACCGCUACAGCGCAUGCACAAGUUCUACACAGAAUUUGAGUCUGAAAAGGUUGAGAACCCCGUUCCCUUCCAAACAAGACCAGUAUGUGAAGACUCUAUUGAAUUCAAUCAAGCUGUUGUCCGGGGAUGCCAUCCAAUCACUGGCGUUGCAGAACCAGGAAUGCCAGUGACUAUCAGUGGACGUAGCGGAAGCGGCAAGUCAUCCGUACUAUCUGCUCUUCUUGGCUUACUUCCAUACGAUGGGUCAAUCAAGAUCAAUGGCUGCGAGGUUCGCACAAUGGACCCGCGCAGUAUUCGCAAGCAUAUUGCAAUUAUUACCCAGGAGCCGUUUGACAUCCCUGGAACAGUGGACGACAAUUUAUUUCUCUACAAGCUACGCAACCCAGAAAUCACAGGCCCCGUUUAUUACGAAAUCACAGAAAACAUUCUCCAACGGCUUGAGGUUCUCAACUCGAACAGAAUAAGGUACAAUACGCCGUUUACGCAGCUGCGUCUGCCAUACGGUAAAAAGCAAGGAAUGAGUAUUGCACGGACGGCUUUGCAUAAGUUUCAGACUUCCAAUGGUAUUCUUCUUAUGGACGAUGUUUGUGGUAGGAUUGACGAGCUCACGGCAGAAACGUACAGAGAAGUGGUACGUGAGUGCUUUUUCGGUACCGUUAGUAUAAUGGUUGAGACCACCGACGAUGACCUAACGGUUACUGGGUUACAACCAUUACUAGCCAUAGAAGAUGAAGAGGAAGAGGAAGAGGAGGAAGAAUUGGUCGAAGAUGGUCCACAGUAG